CGGGGCCCCCCGCCCCCCAUGGAGCCGGCCCUGGCUCGGGGGCGCUGCCCUCUGGCUGCAGCUCGGUGCGCGCCGCUCGCUGGACUCCCUCGCCCCGCAGCAUGGACCCGGCUCGCCGCCUGCUGCCCCUCGGGCUCUGCAUCGCCCUGUGCCUGUGGGGCACCGUGGCCCAGAAUCAUGGCGUACAAGCUGUUCCCGCCCCUGCAGGUACCACUGGGGACUGCAACAACCAUAUGCUGUGCCCAGCAAACGCCAAGUGUGUGAACAGCACCCACUGCACCUGCCUGGAUGGAUACCAGCCAAGGGGGAAUCGCUUCUUCACCGACACAACGGAGCCCUGUGACGAUAUUAACGAGUGUCUGGGGCAGAACCAGACAGACUGUGGAAAAAACGCACAGUGCAACAACGCGCCUGGGAGUUACUCCUGCACCUGCAUCGAUGGCUACGAGCUCAGCUCUGGGAAAGCCAAGUUCAUGCACGAAAGUGAGAACAGCUGCCAGGACAUCGACGAGUGCAACAAGACCCCAGAUAUCUGCAGCCCCAACGCCACGUGUAUCAACACCAUCGGGAGCUACUGGUGUGAGUGCCGGGCCGGCUACGUCCCCUCCAACAGGAACACGACCCUGUGCCAAGAGCUCACCUGCCCCCCGCUGCUGGUUGAUGACAACUCUGCCGGAGCCAAGAACAUCCUGAGCAGCUUCCUGGCACAGAUGGGAAGCCUCUGCCAGGUGACGCUGGAGGAGCUGAAGCAGAUGAACCCUCAGAACGCCAAGGAAAAGCUGCAGGGCUUCUUGGACAUUCUGGAGAAGCAGAUAAAUCUGGUCGGGCAGCAGAGCGAGAGUGUGGAGUGGAGACACCGGUUCGCGACGGAGCUGAUGGCCAUAGUGGAGAAGCUGCUGAGAACGCUGGGCCUGACCGUGCGUGAUAGGAUCAGCAUCACAUCCCCCAACGGCACAGAGCUGGGGCUGGUGUCCAGGCAGGCUGGGAACCAGAGCCAGGAAACCGUGACGCUGCAGCAGAGCAAGACGCAGAUGGAAUUAAAGUGGGCUGGAGCCCCAGGGCAGAAAAAUGAAGGCUUCAUGCUGGUUGGGCUGCUGACAUACCAGGGGAUGAGCCCCAUCCUGGACGGUGCUGGGCGGGUGGAGGCACCCGAGUGGGACAAGAUCGGCCGGACGGGGAAGUGGGCGCAGGAGCUGGGGCGGCCCAGCUACCGUGUGCUGUCUCCGGUGGUGUCGGCCUUCAUCAGUGACCCGAACCCCCAGGCACUCGGCCUCUCCGUCAGCAUCCGCUUCAGCCACCCAGUGCCGGAGAACAAGACCGACCUGCGCCUCCUCUGCGCCUACUGGGAGCCUGGCAGCAGGCGCUGGGCCACCGACGGCUGCACCCUGCAGAAGUUGAACGCCACCAUCACCCGCUGCCAGUGCAACCACCUGACCAGCUUCGCCGUGCUCAUGGCCUUCUACGAGCUGGAGGACUGGACCCUGGACGUCAUCACCAAGGUGGGGCUGGUGAUUUCGCUGCUGUGCCUGCUGCUGGCCAUCGUCACCUUCCUCUUCUGCCGCGCCCUCAAGGGCCCCCGCACCACCAUCCACCUGCACCUCUGCCUGGCGCUCUUCAUCGCCUACACCGUCUUCCUCACUGGCACCUCCAGCACCGGCAACACGGUGGUGUGCGGCGUGGUGGCCGGGCUCCUGCACUAUUUCUUCCUGGCCGCCUUCUGCUGGAUGUGCCUGGAGGGCGCCGAGCUCUACCUGCUGGUGGUUCAGGUCUUCACCCCCCUCGGCCUCAGGCGCCGCUACAUGUUCCUGCUGGGCUACGGCGUGCCGGCCCUCAUCGUGGGCGUCUCGGCCGCCACCUACAGCGAGGGCUACGGCACGGCGCGCCACUGCUGGCUCUCGCUGAAGAAGCAAUUUAUUUGGAGCUUCCUGGCGCCCGUCUGCAUCAUCAUCUUGGUCAACGCCGUGAUCUUUGUGGUCACCGUCUGGAAGCUGUCGCUGAAAUUCGCUGACAUCAACCCCAACAUGAGCCAGCUGAAGAAGCUCAGGGUGCUCACCAUCACGGCCAUCGCCCAGCUCUGCGUCCUGGGCACCACCUGGAUCUUCGGCAUGUUCCAGUUCAACCAGCGCAGCCUGGUCGCCUCCUACAUCUUCACCAUCCUCAACAGCCUGCAGGGGCUCUUCAUCUUCCUGCUGCACUGUCUGCUCAAUAAACAGGUGAGGGACGAGUACCGCAGGUGGCUGAGCUGCGGCAGCUUCAAAGGACCGGCCAAGUACUCCAGGUUCUCCAGCUCGACCACCACGCGGCCGUCGCAGGAGUCAGGGUUGUAGCUCUCUUGCGCUCAUCCCAUUUCUGGACACCGCAGCUUUGCACAUGAGAAAAGCCCGUGAGCAGAGACCCACCACGCACCCGGCCCCCCAUGCAGAUGCUUCAACGGUUGCCCAGUAGAACCGUUACACUGCCCAGCCGCCCCCACCCGCUGGGCACUCACCAGCCCAGGCCUGCGCACUGCCAGCAUCACCAGCAAUAGCGACAGGCAGCAGGGCAGCCGCUCAGCUCCGACGCGACGUACUCUGGCCACAGGGGGCGCCUUUCCCUUCGGUACGAACGGGUCCCUGUCCCCGCCUGCGGUACGAUGCUGGGCCAGGCUGAGCACAGGCAGUGGAGAUGAAUCCAACCAGCAGUGAUGAACCCUCCCCCAGAGGACCCCGCCCCUCCCCCAGGGACUGCAGCAUCAGCCACCGCCCUUGGCUUCGAUGACGGUACAACACGGCCUGAGCUGAAGGAGGCAAGCGGCCCCAGCCUGCGGCGGCCCCCAGGGCUCAGCUGUCUGGGUCUCACUGGUGACACUUUUUUUUUAAAAUGAUCUUUUUAAAGUUAUUAAAAUAUUGAGUUUUGUGACAAAAACAGCUGCUUCGAGGAGCCACAUGUGUGGUGGCUGGAGAGAACCCAGGAGUCCUGACUCCCAGCCCCCACUGCUCUAACCCU